CGACUCGCUCGAAUGAGCGCGUAGAUUUGCGCGUAGCUGAUGUUCGAUAGAUUUCGAUCUCAGCUGCGUUUAAUACAAAUAAAGUAAUAAACAAAAUUAUGUUUUGAAUAUUCAGGUAAAGGUAUUUUAUGUUUUGUUUAUUUUUGAGUCAUUACAUCGCGUCAUUAGAACGGUGCUAUUGUAACAAACAAGGACAUUAGAAUGAUCAUUAACAAUAGAAGUGAAAUAAAAUAGCUUUCUUUAUUGUGGUCAAAUAUUCAUGAGUAAAUGGUGUUAAUAAAUGCUACAAGCAUGGACGUGGAAGAGACCGGAUCGAUUAACAAUGAGCCCGUGGACGCGAUUGAGAACGAACAUGAAGAAGACAUUAUUGAUGACUCAGAGGAGCGCGAGCUGGUGACAGAUUCUUGCUCGACAAAGGUGCUGGACACCUCGGAGCAGCCUCGCGACAACUAUUGGGUUGUUUAUUUACUUUUUUAUUUAUUUGGCAUUACAUCUCUUGUGUCAUGGAAUUUCCUGAUAACUGCAAAUGACUAUUGGAUGUAUAAAUUCCGAGAUGUGUCUCCAGUUAAUUCCACCCAGUUGGAAUUACCACCAGUACGGAAAACUCAGUUCCAAGCCGAGUUUACUUCCUACCUCAAUGUGGCAGCUUCUAUACCUAAUUUAAUAUUCCUUAUAUUAAACUCACUCUAUGGGCAUUUAGUAUCUGUGAAGAGCAGACUACAAGGAUCACUCUUAAUGAUCACACUGUCAUUCCUGGUGACCACUGCUUUUGUUCAGAUUGACACUGACGAAUGGCAGAACACAUUCUUCAUUGUUACAAUGGUGACUGUAGUUAUCAUGAGCGCUGCCAGUGCCAUAUUCAUCGGCGGGCUCGUGGGCAUCGCGAGCCGCUUCUCGAAAGAGUACAUGGCAGCCGUGGUAAGCGGCCAGGCCCUCGGCGGGAUCAUUGCCGCCAUCGCCCAAAUCAUAUCCCUUGCCUUCAAAAUAUCCCCCUUGCACAGCGCCCUCAUAUACUUCAUCAUAGCUGACAUAAUGCUGCUCGCAUCUUUAAUCUCCUACAUAAUGUUGUACAAGAUUGACUUUUUUACACACCAUAUUUUGAGGGGCUCCGGUGUGGUUGCUAACAGGCACAGAGAAGUGUCCAUGGUAGCCGUCAUGAAGAAAAUCUGGGUUUACGCGUUCAGCAUUUUUGCGAUUUUCGCGAUCAGCAUGGCCGUGUAUCCCGCUGUCACUGUGUUGGUUGAGUCACAUCCUACGACUCAUGGAACAGAUUGGAACAAGAUAUACUUCGUGCCGGUAGUGAAUUAUCUAAUCUUUAAUUGUGGAGAUUAUUCCGGGCGUUUGGUAGCUGGAUUUCUACUUCGACCUCUGAACCAAUGGAUAAUAGGAGCAGCUAGCAUAUUGCGUAUCAUCGGAGUCCCAAUGCUGAUGUUAUGCAACGCGCAGCCGCGACCGCACCAUCUGCCGGUCAUCUUCGAGUGGGACUACGAGUACAUUAUGAUCAUGAUCGUGUUCGCUUUCAGCAACGGCUAUCUCACAAACAUUGUAAUGAUCAAUUCUACCAGAGUGGUAGAGCUGCACGAGCGAGAGAAGGCGACGUCCGUGAUAGCCACGAUGCUGAGCAUCGGGCUGACGGUGGGGGCUGCGGUCGGAAUGCUGUUGGUCCACUUAUUAUAAACACCGAUAUAAUAUUAUAGCCCAACGCCCCUCACAAUGCGAAUGCCUGAGGUACCGCGAGGCCUUUGCACGGGCACUCAAUCAAACCUUAAGGGGAAGGAUUUGUUAAAAUUAAUGGGGCAACAGCAACUUAGCAAAUAUUGUGGACGGGUUAAAAAAAAGUAGAAACUGCUCUAUUGCCGAAAGUAAAUUUUAGCAAAAAUUUGCUGCUUGUAUUUAGGAAAUACCAAUUCAUAACACAUCAGCUGUCUUGCGAUAAUCCAGUAGUUGUAAAGCGAGAAAUUAAAAAAAGUAAACAAUUUGUUUGGUGGAAAUAAGCGCAUAGCAUCUGCUUUACUGAUAUAAGACAGCCAAGUUGCCUGUAGCUAGAGUUUAGUUUACCAAGGGAUUAGGAGCGACGUAUGAAUAAGAUAAUAUUUGGCCAGACAAUCACAAAAAACACACAAAAAGGAAUAGAUCCCAUGAUGGAAAGAAACUGACAAAGUCAACUAGAAUAUUCUUGCCUUUAUUCGUACAUAUGGUUAAAAUGUACUUUAGCGUUGUCCAAAUACAUAUUGUUACCAAAAUUUAAAAUAUGUACUUGCAUAUGUAUAUUUCGUAUUGUUCAUUUGAACGUCAGCAUAUUUACGUGUUAUUUGCUGUUAGUUUGUAUACUUACAUCAGUAGAAUAGUAUGUUCUUAGAGCCAUACAUACUUAAUGACUUAUUUAGAAAAUGCAUUUUAAAAUAUGUGAGUUUUAAUGUUUGAAUACAAAUUAUUCAAUUGACAAUUACAUAUUUAUUUAAAGUGUAGUUUUCAAAAUAUUUUACUAAUUGACAUUAUAGAUUAAUAUUUUUUAAUAUUUGAUUGUUACCUGCACCGCUAGCACAUAUUGUCGUGGCUCGCGCGAGAUGAAAGGAUCGGCGCGACUGAUUGAUAUAAUUAUAUAGUCGCGCGAUUCUCGGCAAGAUGUGCUAGCCGUACUGCUUAUAGAAUUUCUUGUACGUAUAACAAAAGUUAAUCCGCAUUCCUUUUGUAUGAUUUCACUGCCCUUAUUGAUUAUUUAAUGCUCAAUUUAAACAUUCCUGCAAUGUUAUAAUUUUAUUAACUUUAAUUAUUUGUUUGUACCAAAGUGGUGUUAACAAUUGCUUGUUUUAACCAAUGAAUUUUUAUCAACUCGAUUAUCUUAAGCUCAUAAUGUGUAAUAGAUCUCAUGUAGAAUAGGUAUUCAAUGGGGUUGGCAACUGUCAAAGGUUUGCCUAGAUGGCGCCAUCAUAGCUUGCCCCUUUUUCUAUGAGAUUUGGCUUAAAGAGCUGGCAUCCAGGGUAUUAAAAAAACAAAAAUUUGACACAAUUCUAGGGAUUGACGGGGCAAGCUAUGAUGGCGCCAUCUGCUAAAAACUUCCACCGGCCAACCCCAUUUUAACUACGAUUUUGUGUAAUUUGUAUAAAUGUAGAUAAUUUAAUUAUAAUAGAUUGCGCAGACGUAAUUAUGAUAAUAGAUGUUUUUUGGACAUUCAUAUUGUUUAAUUAUUGAAUUGUGUUUGUACCUGAUUUUAGGUAUUAUUUUUAAAUAUAUGUAUAAUCAAAUACAUCAUGCAUGAUAACAUAAUCACUCAUUUAUCUUAAUAGGUGCUGCAAGGUUAGAUGUUUCUACUUGUCAUAUUUGUAAUGUAUAUUUGAUUUUCUUGUAUGUUUUUGAUAACUAUUUUACGUUGUACUUGGUUGUACACUGUACAGUGGAACCUCGAUAACACAUAUCUUUAGAGAAACUACAAAAACACCUCGUAUUUGCUGAGAUUUGAAGCUUGAAGGGAAGGGAAUGGCAUUUUAUUGAGUGUUUUGUCUUAUUGAGGUGACAUUAAUACAUUUAUGUAAUAAGUUGACAUAAUAAUUUAUCAAUGUUAAGUAAAUAUAGGUACCUAAAUGACUUCAAUGUUUUUCCGCAAUUAGCUUUUAUUGCGUUAACUAUACUAGGUAGGUACUAUGAUCGCCUCUAUGUUCAAUGUUAUUGUAAUAGAUUGUACUUGUAGUUUAUUUUUCUAUAUAUUAAACUGUGAUUAUUAUGUUUCAAUUGAUAUUAUAAUUUUACUGUUUAUGUGAUAAA